CCAAAACCAAACCCAAACCCAAAAAAACACACCACAUUUUUUUUUCUCUUCCUUUCUAUCAGUUCCCAAUUCCAUUCCCAUUAUUAUUCCUUCAAAACUUCUCUUCUUUCUUAUCUUCUCUUUUCCAAUGGCAAAAGCUGCAAAACCAGUUUCAGUACUUCUUCUUCUUUUAACCCUAAUUAUGACCUUUCUUUUCUCAACAAUGGCAGUGCAAGGAUUCUCGACCCGACAUCCACCUCAAUUCUUUUCUUUACAAGCAACAAUCGCGUCCGAGGGGAAAAAUGAAAAGAUGAGAAAUUCAAGAAGGUUGAUGAUUGGUUCAACAGCACCAAUAUGCACUUACAAUGAAUGUAGAGGAUGCAAAUACAAGUGUAGAGCUGAGCAAGUACCUGUUGAAGGCAAUGACCCAAUCAAUAGUGCAUACCACUAUAGAUGUGUUUGUCAUAGGUAAUAUUAUUAAUUAAUUUUUCCCAUUUUCUUACUUUUAAUUAGACACCCUACAUUUUAAUCCUUCAAAUUUUUGGUGUCAUUUUUUUCCUAAUUGAUUAUUAAUAUUGUUUAAAUUGAGAGUUUGUCUUAAGUCUAUUCAUUUUGUGUAUUGUUAUGUUGGUGUAAGUCACUCGAACUGUUUUAUCUUUAAUAUUAUUUUGAAAGUUCUAUGGUA